ACCAAAAGAUAUCUCAAAUCUGAAGGUGGAAGUUAAAAUGGUUCUUCAACAUUCCCAUGCCAAAGAAAAGGUAAAACUAAUUAAUGGAAAUUUAACAGACCAAGCAAUGCCAAUCCCAAAAUGCCUCCAUGAUCGAAUGCUUAAUUGACAAGCGAAAGUCACCUGCAAUACCGCAUAAAAAACCAAUUUCGGACUGACCUAAGCCAAGACACAAGACGCCAAAAACAAAUUGGCCAAGUCCUUCCUUAUUCACUCAGUACUUUUAACAAACACAUCACAAGCAUAACAAAGUACACUUUUUGCUGUAAAGUAAACAUUCUUCUUUGAUUCAUUUUAUUUUAGAAACAGAGGAAAAUGGGAAAAGGGGAUGUGGGUUUUUGGGUGGUGACGAUGUUGGUGCUGAUAGGUCUGAUUUCGGGGUCGUCAGCUGCCUCUAGUGAUGAUAGGCAACAAAGAUGGAGAAAGGCAGUGUUAUCGGGAGAAAUAACUUCUUCAAUGAUGAUUAAUAGAGCUGGGUCAUCCCUUGUUUUUCCUCUUCAUGGAAAUGUUUAUCCUGCUGGAUAUUAUAAUGUUACUCUCAGUAUAGGGCAACCAGCAAAACCUUACUUUCUUGAUGUGGACACUGGAAGUGAUCUCACGUGGCUCCAAUGCGAUGCCCCAUGUCGCCAAUGUAUUGAGGCACCUCAUCCUCUUUACCGACCCAGCAACAACCUUGUGAUUUGCGAGGAUCCCCUCUGUGCAUCCUUGCAACCACCUGGCGUCCACAAUUGUCAAGACCCAGAUCAGUGUGAUUAUGAGGUUGAGUAUGCGGAUGGUGGCUCAUCCCUUGGUGUUCUUGUCAAGGAUGUAUUUGUUCUCAACUUUACCAAUGGAAAACGGCUUAAUCCUCUUCUGGCCCUCGGAUGUGGAUAUGAUCAACUACCGGGUAGAUCUAAUCAUCCUUUAGAUGGAAUACUUGGCCUUGGCAGGGGAAUAUCUAGCAUCCCAUCACAGCUUAGUAGUCAGGGUUUAGUGUCAAAUGUAAUUGGGCACUGUCUAAGCGGGCGUGGUGGAGGAUUUCUCUUCUUUGGAGAGGACAUUUAUGAUUCUUCUGGUGUCACUUGGACCCCAAUGUCACGCGAUCAUUUAAAACACUACUCACCUGGGUUCGCGGAAUUAAUUUUUGACGGGAAGUCCACAGGAAUCAGAAAUCUACUUGUAGUUUUUGACAGUGGGAGCUCCUAUACUUACCUCAAUGCGCAGGCAUAUCAACAUCUAGUAUUUUCGUUGAAGAGAGAAUUGUCACGAAAGCCCAUUAGCGAAGCAUUGGAUGACCAAACACUGCCACUCUGUUGGAAAGGGAAGAGACCUUUUAAAAGCAUACGCGACGUGAAGAAAUAUUUCAAGCCUUUCGCAUUGGUAUUCAAAACAAGCAGUGGGAGAAGUAGUAAAACUCAGUUUGAAUUUUCCCCAGAAGCGUAUCUUAUAAUAUCAUCCAAAGGAAAUGCUUGCUUGGGAAUUCUAAAUGGUACAGAAGUAGGACUGCGUGAUCUAAAUGUCAUCGGAGAUGUAUCGAUGCUAGACAGACUGGUGAUUUACAACAAUGAGAAGCAAAUGAUUGGAUGGGCAGCAGCUAGUUGUGAUCGGCUUCCUAAGUCCAAAAGAAAUAUCAUUUGAUAAGUAUAAUAGUCUUAUCAUUAUUUCUAUGUCACAGACAUCAUAUACUUGUAUAUAAUAAUAAUAAUAAUAAUAAUAAUAAUAAUAAUAAUAGUCUAUCCUACUUCCUUUGUAAA